AUGAGAUCAAGACUAUUCGCGGCGAUUGCACCCUUGGUGGGCUUGCUGCCGAUGGCUCAAGGACUCGAACUUGACCUCAACAGCAUGGACUCGGUCAAAUCCGUCACCUCGACGUUAGCGUACGACAUGAUGACCUACUAUUCUGGAAAUCAGACGGGUGGAAUCCCAGGUCUCCUUCCCGGUCCUUGUGACAAUGUCGCUUGUUAUUACUGGUGGGAAGCUGGGGCUAUGUUUGGGUCCUUGAUCCAUUACUGGCAGUAUACAGGCGAUGAGAGCUACAAUCACGUGGUCACCGAGGCUCUACAAUUUCAGAUUGGACCUGAUCAGAACUUCAACCCUCCGAAUCAGAGCAAGAACAUGGGUGUCGACGACCAAGAUUUCUGGGCCUUUUCUGCCAUGGAUGCCGCCGAAGCGAAUUUACCUGAUGUUGGUGGUGAUGCGCCUUCGUGGCUCGCUCUAGCUCAAGCGGUCUUCAACUUUCAGACCACACUUUGGGAUCCGGCGACCUGUAACGGAGGCAUGAGGUGGCAGGUUUACUCCUUCAAUGCAGGGUACAACCUGAAGAACACGAUUUCCAAUGGUGGUUACUUUCAGUUGGCAGCCCGACUGGCGAGGUAUACGGGCAAUCAGACCUACGCCGACUGGGCGACCAAGAUGUGGGAUUGGAUGGAAGCCAGCCCGCUGUUCCAAGUGCAAGACGGCACGUUAUAUAUCUGGGACAACACUGACGCAAAUAACAAUUGUACCGACGUGCAACACUUCGCCUGGACAUACAACUACGGCACCAUGUUGAUAGGCGCGGCGGCGAUGUACAACUUCACGGGCGGAGCGGAACCUUGGGGCUCACGCGUGCAGGAAAUCCUCGACGGGGCAUUCCAUUUAUUCUUUCCGGCCGAAUAUGGGGGAAAUAUCAUGAGCGAGUUUCAAUGCGAGUCGACGAUGGUGUGCAACAAUGACCAGAGCAGUUUCAAGGCGUAUUUGUCGAGGUGGAUGGCGGUGACGGCGAUGAUCGUGCCGCAGACAUAUGACCAGAUUAUGCCCAAGUUGAGAGACAGUGCCGUUGGAGCAGCGCAGCAGUGUACUGGUGGGAACAACGGGAGAAUGUGUGGCAGGCAAUGGUAUGCUGGCUUUGACGGAAGUUCGGGGGUUGGACAGCAGAUGCAAGCCCUGGCCGUCAUCGGCGCAACGACAGUGAACCCCUCGAUCGCACCCAAGACUGCCGACACUGGAGGCACGUCGCAAAGUGAUCCAGACGCUGGCACGGAUGCCAACGCGUCACCCAUCAUUGACCAUUCACCCAUCACGACGGGGGAUAAGGCCGGGGCUGCCAUUCUGACCCUCUUGUGCGUAGGCGUCAUUGUUGGCGGAAGCGUCUGGCUCAUCAUGUAA